UUUAUUUGAAAUUUUAUGUGUUGUUUGGCGAACUAAUAAAUUUUCGAUUAAAAUGUCUUAUCACACGCGAUCUAAAUCUAAGCAAAUUGCUGAAAAAUUGGCAGAGUUGACCAAUAUUGAUCCCGGAUUAUCUGACGAAUCCGGUGGCGAAUCAGAUACAGACGAAUUUCCACCGGGAAAUCAAAGUUCAGCGGAGAGCGAACAGUCAGAUAAUUCAGAUGUAGAAAGCGAAGAUGAAGCAGAAAGUGAGAGUGAUGCAGAAGCAAGUGAGGAUGACGGAAAAGAAACCGCUGCCGACGGAACAAUUUGGAUAAAGACUUCGCUAUCUGAUUCAGCUGUGCAAAAACGGGUUGGAAGAGUGUCAGCACAAGGCAUAAUAAAAGUUAUUCCUGGCCCGACUCCUUUCGCAAAAAGAAAAAUCAGCAGCAUAACGACUGCAUUCGAAUCGAUGGUCGACGAUGAGUUUCUUGAUCACAUUCGAAAGUGUACGGAAACAGAAGCGCAUCGGUGUAUGGGCAACAUGAACUGGUCGUUAUCGUUGAAGGAGCUCAAAGCGUUCAUAGCAGUCUUGUACGCACGAGGAGCGAUGGGAUUGAAGAAUAUUUCGGUGACACACAUUUUCUCGACAAAAUAUGGGCCAGAGCUUAUUCGCGGGACGAUGUCCCGAGAUCGCUUCAAGUCAAUUAUGCGGUAUCUACGGUUUGAUUUCAAGGAAACACGUCCGGAACGACUCUUAACACGAUAAGUUUGCUAUGGCAAGAGAAAUUUGGGAUAAGCUUAUCCACAACUGUCGUUCAUGUUACGAACCCGAAGAAAACAUUACAAUCGACGAGCAACUGUUUCCGUCAAAAACUCGAUGUCCGUUCACACAAUUCUUGCCGAAGAAGCCGGAUAAAUUCGGCAUAAUGUUCUAUUUGGCUGUCGAUUUGCGAUCAAAGUUCAUUUUGAAUGGAUUUCCAUUCAUCGGUAACGACGAACCCAGUAAGUUUGAAGGGAGUGCUGCAGAUAAGAUCGUACUUCGGUUGAUGGAACCUUUCUUCGGAAAUGGAUACUGUGUUACGUGUGAUAAUUUCUUUACCAGUACAAACUGCGCAAAUGUGUUGAGAGAAAAACGGAUUUCUGUUGUUGGAACUGUAAACAAAAAUCGACGCUGGCUGCCACCGACCGCAAGAAAAAAGAAUGCUGGAUUAUGUUUGCAUGAAACAAUUGUGUUCACUGGGCCUCAGGCCGAAACUCUCACAGUCUACCAAAGCAAAAAAAGCAAAUCGGUUGGGAUUCUGAGUACACUUCACAAGUCUGUCACGGUGGAGAAUGAUAUAAACAAAAAACCAGACACAAUCACGUAUUACAACAACACUAAGUAUGGUGUUGAUAUUGCUGAUGGAAUGGCAAAAGCCCAUUCAGUUAAAGCUGCCUCACGAAGAUGGCCGGUUCACGUCUUUUACAACAUAUUGGACUUGGCUGGGAUUAACUCUUGGAUCCUCUAUAAACAGGUAACCGGCAAGAAGAUUUCGCGUCUCGAUUAUUUGUUGACAUUAGCAGACGAUCUAAGAAAGGAUUACAUGUCAGCAAAAUCAGUACCAGAAAAACGUGCUCUUGUUGUCCCCGACUCACCUAACAAAAAAAUCAAAACCGCCAGCGGAUGCAGACCACUCUGCCAAACACCAAAAUGUCGAAACAAGAGCUUAGGGAUGGCAUGUGUUAAUUGUUCGAAAAUCGUAUGUGGUAAAUGUACCACCAAGAAGCAAAUAAUUUGCAAAAAUUGUUAACCAUUUCCUGGUCAAUAACAAAAUUGUACUUUAAUCGUGA